UUGUUCCCACUAUCUUGUAAUGUUUACUUUCGUGUCCGGCGUGUCUUCGUCAACAGCGCUACCAUUUUCGUUGUGGGGUUGCUCUGUCCAAUGUUAACUUCCCCUUUCUCACUUCUUAUUGACACCACUGAUCUGUUUUCGCUUAGGGCUUAUUCAGAUCAGUGGUGCACAUAGACGCGGCUACGCUGAUAACCGAGGGCAAAGUAUCUUGCUCAGAUUCGCGUUCAUGAUGGCGAUGUUCCGCAGUUUUGUGUCGGUUACCCAGCUCAGGCAGCAUCACCAUCAGCAUCAGCAGAACGGGGCAGCGGCGGCCGCCCCAGCCGAGAGCAUCGAAAGCCAGUUUUCGUGCCCCAUUUGCUUGGAGGUCUACCACAAACCUGUCAGCAUCGUUAGCUGUGCCCACACGUUCUGUGGCGAGUGCCUGCAGCCGUGCCUGCAGGUGACCUCUCCUCUCUGCCCUCUCUGCCGCGUGCCUUUCGACCCAAAGAAGGUGGACAAGUCCUCCAGUGUGGAGAAGCAGCUGUCCUCCUACAAGGCUCCCUGCCGUGGCUGCAGUAAAAAGGUAACUCUGGUCAAAAUGAGGUCACACAUUUCCUCGUGCACAAAGGUUCAGGAGCAGAUGGCCAACUGCCCGAAAUUCGUGCCGGUCGUGCCAACCUCACAACCCAUUCCCAGCAAUAUUCCAAACCGCUCCACCUUCGUUUGCCCGUACUGUGGAGCGCGGAACUUGGACCAGCAGGAGCUGGUCAAACACUGUAUGGAGAACCACCGCAAUGACCCCAACAAAGUGGUCUGCCCAGUGUGUUCGGCCAUGCCCUGGGGAGACCCCAGCUACAAGAGCUCCAACUUCCUGCAGCACCUCCUGCAUCGGCACAAAUUUUCCUACGACACCUUCGUGGACUACAGCAUUGACGAGGAGGCGGCACUGCAGGCUGCCCUGGCCCUCUCGCUAGCAGAGAACUGAAGACGCCACCUCCACCCUCCCUCUCUAUUGUGACACACGCCUACUGAGCAAUCUUGGCCCCCUUCUCUACCCUGCCACACGUUCCCAAAACUAAUAUCCCCCUCUCCACCCCCUCUCCACCCCUUCUCCACUCAGAACUGAUUGCUCCUCCUUUACACCUGAUGCUCCAACUCCCACAUCCAUACUGCCCACUAGGCCCCACCCAUCUCACACUCUCAUGACCAAUCAUUCUCUUCCUGUCCUGUAGAGGGAGGGGCUGCAAAUCACAACAGCCAAUCGCAGCCACGAGGGAUUGCAUCAUAUGUAAACGCUGCAUUGCAGAAAUGCAUGAAGAUAUGGGAUUGGGGUUCAAGCAAUGAUAACUCUUUUUCCAAUUUAUUAUUAUUAUUAUUAUUAUUAUUUUGUAAGAGUAUGAAUACAUGUGUGUGGAAAAAAA